GGAUGUUAGGCCCCCGCGGCGUGACGUGAGCACGGCAGCUCCGCCCCCUGCGUCUCAGGCCUCGCUGGCCUUGGGGGGAUGGUUUCAUCAUGGCGUCAAUGCAGAAACGACUACAAAAAGAACUGUUGGCUUUGCAAAAUGAUCCACCUCCUGGAAUGACUUUAAAUGAAAAGAGCGUUCAAAAUUCAAUUACACAGUGGAUCGUAGACAUGGAAGGUGCACCAGGAACCUUAUAUGAAGGGGAAAAAUUUCAACUUCUGUUUAAAUUUAGUAGUCGAUACCCUUUUGACUCUCCUCAGGUCAUGUUUACUGGUGAAAAUAUUCCUGUUCAUCCUCAUGUGUAUAGCAAUGGUCAUAUCUGUUUAUCCAUUCUAACAGAAGACUGGUCCCCAGCGCUCUCAGUCCAGUCAGUCUGUCUUAGCAUUAUUAGCAUGCUUUCCAGCUGCAAAGAAAAGAGGCGACCACCAGAUAAUUCCUUUUAUGUGCGAACAUGUAACAAGAAUCCAAAGAAAACAAAAUGGUGGUAUCAUGAUGAUACUUGUUGAUGCCACUGUUCUCAUCCUCGUAGCAGAAGAUAGUCCUACUGAGAAAAUGAGCACUUUGAUCAUUCAGUCUUUGAACUUUAACCUUUGACUGGAAGUGACCUGUAGGCAAUGAAGACUACUUCCUUUUACUGCAUUUACUCGUGUGCAUUCUGGGCGCAUGUUGAUGGCUGGUUCAGUCCAGGCAACUGACAUGCUUUUAUUAGUCAUACAGUAUUAAUGCAGGUGUCAGGAAAUGUCAGAUAUAAUUCCAUUUUUUAUUUUUAUUUUUUUAAGCUUUUGGAAAAGUUCCAGGUCCUCAUGUAUUGUGCAAUAACAGUGACUUCCUCGGUGGUUUGGGGGCGUUCAUUGCCGGCAAUGGACGUUGUAACGGGAAGAGUUUGCUUAACUCCUGCCACUCAGUGAUUAAUGCAUGGUAGGGCCUAUUGAAUGAAUUUAUCGGUUACUGUGGGAUUAUAAGGAAAGUGAGGGGUCCAACAUUACAUAGAAAAGUCACCCCAGCUGUUUCUAUUUGGAUUCUGUGCGCUGUCAUCCGAAGGCUAACAGCAUGAAAUACAUGCCUCUUUAAAGGACCGUAAGAAAGAUCAUUGCGUAUUUAUUUAAUUGUUUAUAUCUGCUGUCAGAUUGUUUUGACAUGGAAAGUUUUUGAGGAACGUUGGCAGAGAGGUACAAUAUGUUUAUCCCUAUGGUGAAAAUAAAUUCAUUGUUGUAUAUAGUCCCCAAUCUCUGAAGUAAAGGUGUGAAUAAUGUAGGGUGUGAAUGGUUU